AUGCAUCGUAAAUCAUUAAGAAGCGUUAGUUCAAAUACUUCUUUGGCUCCUUAUCGAAAACAAGUUAUUAGCAAUGCACGCCAUAAACCAAGUCUUUUCUCCAAAAUCAAAACUUUCUUUACUCAAAACGACUCAACUAGAACAAGUUCAGGAAAUAAGAUUGCUAAUGAAAAAUUAUGCAAUAAGACUUUUAACAGAAGAAUUACAAGUAUGCCUGGAGGAUAUUUCCAUUCUGAUGCGUCUUUAGAUCCUACAUUCAGUCAUUCUGAAGCAGUUUCUGUAUUAGGUGAAGCUAGUAAUGACGUUGAGAACAAGGAACAGCGCUACAAUGAAGCCCAUGAAACCAAUGUUUCUAAUGCUAAGCUGGCAACUUUUUUCAGUAAAAAGGGCAAUGAACCUUUAUCAGAAAUUGAGAUAGAGGGCGUAAUGGCACUGUUACAAAAGGCAAACAAAUCCAUGAUAACCUCGGAAAGAGAGCAAAGAUCGCCAGAAGACAGUAACGCUGAUCAGUCUUUUAUCCUAAAAGAGUCCGGAAGCACACCAAUCAGUGUAUCUAAUGCGCCAACGUUCAAUCCAAAAUAUGAUACCUCUAAUGCUUCAAUGAAUACGACUCUAGGAAGCAUUGGUUCAAGGAAAUUUAGUUUCAACUAUUCCAGUCUCCCAUCACCAUACAAAGCAACCGUUUAUAGAUAUAGCGCAGCAAAAAAGAUGCCAGAUACAUACACAGCCAACACAUCCAUUCAAAGCAUAACUACAACUCAAUCAGCAAGAGCCGGUGUUUCAAAGCCAGCUCCUGCGAAGAAAAUAAGUAAUACAGCUGCCGCCUUGGUUUCUUUAUUAGAUGAAAAAGAUGUGAAGAGGAAUAAUGCUGCCUCGGAACUCGCCAACCCAUACUCUUCAUAUAUGAACCAAAUACGCAGACAUAAAAAGGACUCGCCAAAUAUUGCGCCAACACAAGAGAACACUCAAGAAUCUAAAGUAAAGCCCUUAUUUGAAAAGCUUCCUGAACAAGGUGAAGAAUCAAUGAAGCAAUUUAACGUCGCCAAAAUUUCGCCACCUGCGCCAAGCAAGGAUUCGUUUGCUAAGUAUAAACCUGCAAGAUCUUCUUCCUUACGUUCGAAUGUCGUAGUAGCAGAAAUCUCCCCUGAAAAGAAGGAAAGUGUAGGUAACCCCCCCUCUUCUACGUUUAACUUUUCUUUUAACGCUCCAAAAAACGUUGGAUCCACUGAGCAUAGAUCUAAGAGCGAGAACACACCACCUGUACCAUCAAAGGAAUUUAAUUUUACUAAGUUACAGACAAAUCUGUUAGCUGAAAAACCAAAAAUUGAGGUCAAGAAGGGCGACUCUUCUUCUGUCAAACCUGACUUUUCAGUUACUCCUCAAAAAGAUGCAUCGAAUAGUUUUGUUUUUAAUAGCGUCCAAAAGAAGCCACAUUUCAAUCUCGCAGUGGAGAAAGAUAAUGAAGUAAAAAACAUAAAAUCUCCAGUAGAGAAUGGUUUUUCGGAGGAAGAACUAGGAGAGUUUGAUUUUAACGUUCCUUUGGAAUCCAAAUUACUGGAAAAUGACUCGGUUGAUGAAAAUAAAGUCGAGACUUUUAAGUCCUUGUAUACCUUUUGA